GGAGGGUGACCCGCCCCCCGCUCUGCGCGCUCAGACUUCGGACUGAAGCGGCUCUCAGCUCCGCUCAUUCAGCCUCUGGAGCUCCUGCAGAGCGGAUCGCUGCUGCUGCUGCUGGACAGAGCCGGACCGGAACCGGAGGGAGUUCUUGGGGGACUUUUCUGUGGCUCACAGAGAAGAUGGAAUGCUUUGAAAGGACUCGGUGAAAGUUUGCAGUUCGGUUUGUGAUCAUGCACCCGAGCCGGCUGCAGCUGCAAGCCGCUGCCGGCCGCCUGUGAAGGGCGGCGGGGGAUGACAGCAGCGCCGCAGCCGCUGAACAGUCUCAGCGCAAAAGCCGCACCUUUCCAGUGAUUGCGCACACUGUGCGCCACCCUGUCAUCGCCUGCAGAGCGCAAUCAAUUUCUCUCUAUUGCAGCUCCGUGGACUGCGGCAGGAACUGGACCGGAACCUUCAACCUCCACAGACACAGCUCUCGUCUUCUUCUCUUUGUGAUGUCCAUUGGACUCUGAGAGACAAACUGCAGUUAGGUGGUCCAACCUGUGGCGCUCCGACCCACCAUGGGCACCGUGCUGUCUUUGUCGCCGGGCGCUCGCAAACCUGGUUACUAUGACAACCACGCAGGCUCGCUCAGCCACUACCCGAGCCUCAGCAGCCGCUCCCUGAACAGCCAGAAGGAGCGCAGCCUAAGGAGAGGCCAGUCCAUCUUCCUGCCGGCGCUGACCUGGAAGCGGCUGGUGGCCUCCACCAAGAAGAAGGGGAACCCGAAGAAGGGGCCCGGGGCCGCCGGGGUCCUGGCCGAGCCCCUGAACAACAACAACAUCUACCAGCGGGAUCAGGUGCUGCACCUGAACCGGGAGAACGUGAAGAAGUCCCUGUCCUGCGCCAACCUCUCCAGCUACGAGGGACCGGCCGGACUGGGUCUGGGCUACGGACUGGGCCUGGGCCAGGGCCACGGAUACGGCUACGGAAAGCCGCAGCAGCUGUCCUCGGUGAAGAAGGUCCCCCACGGGGCGUCCUCCCCAAAGCGCGUCAUCGUCCAGGCGUCCACCAGCGAGCUGCUGCGCUGUCUGGGGGAGUUUCUGUGCUGCCGCUGCUACCGGCUGAAGCACCUGUCCCCUGCCGACCCGGUGCUGUGGCUGCGCGCCGUCGACCGCUCGCUGCUGCUGCAGGGCUGGCAAGACCAGGCCUUCGUCACGCCCGCCAACGUGGUGUUCGUCUACAUGCUGUGCCGGGACGUGGUGGACGGCGACCUGGUGGCGUCGGAGCACGAGCUGCAGGCCAUCCUGCUCACCUGCCUCUACCUGUCCUACUCCUACAUGGGCAACGAGAUCUCGUACCCGCUCAAGCCCUUCCUGGUGGAGGCGGGGAAGGAGGCCUUCUGGGACCGCUGCCUCGCCAUCAUCGACGCCACCAGCUCCAAGAUGCUGCGCAUCAACGCCGACCCACACUUUUUCACGCAGAUCUUCGCUGAACUGAAGAGCGAAGGCGGCUGCGGGCCUCAGGAUUACAGCCGGGUUCUGGACCGGUGAGAGGAGGCUUCAUCUAAAACGCUUCAUCCUCCAACGUCCCGGCUGCUUCGCCACGCGGAACUAUUGUGCAAAAUUCUAAUUUUCCACAUCUUGGACAUUUGGGUCUCAAAUGCAUCUAAAAACAGAAAACAACAAGUUACAGUUCUGUGGUGUCUGGAAAACGAGCCGUUUCAAAAACCUCCAGAAUGUAAAGUCACAAAUCAACAGGCGCCGCCCUGUUACCUAGCAACCCCUGUGGAAUUCCCCGUUACCUAGCAACCCAGGCUGAGCUCCGGUGCAUUUGGUCUGAUGAUUUACCGCUUUAUGGGCUGUACAAUGGCUGCUGGAAAAGAUAAAUGUUUCUUUCUUGACUUACACUGCAAAAACACAAAAUCUUACCAGGUGAUUUUGGUCCAGUUUCACAAAUGCCGCUUGAAAUAAGAAAAAACUAACUUACAAGUAACUUUUAAGCAAUAAUUUAAGAAAAAAGUACUAGUUCCACUGAAAAAAUGUUUUCAAUUAUCUGCCAGUGAAUUAGAACUUUCAUCACUAUCAAGGAAUUAUUGACUUAAAACAAUUCUGUAUCUUCUUUGAAAGUUAGUUUUGUCUUACUUCAAGCAUACUAACAUAUUUACACUAGAAACUAGAGAAUAAAUACUUGGUAAAAUUUUGUGUUUUUGCAGUGUACCAUACAGAAGCCACUUGCUGCAUUCUUGUUGUACAGGAGGCUCCACUUCUGCUUUUCAAAGAUGUAGGAUUGCAUCUGCACAUCUGUUUGUGCGGCUUCAACGGGUUGAUUUAGAGAAAAGGUUCUGGUUUGGGAAAAGUGACGGGCGGGAGCAGCUGGAGGUUCUGCGGUGGGCGGAGUCAGAGCGGCGCUGCGAUCCGUGUCGGCAUUGUUGGAGUGGAAGGCAGCCAGGCUCAUCAGCUGUUUACUCCACACACAAACACACACACCGAGUCAUGGUAAUAAGAUUACCAGAUUACUGCAGCCCCUCCCAGCAUCCAUGUGGAGCCUCAGCGGGUAAUCUGGACCCCACCGAACCGAGCCGAGCCGGUUGCAUGUCGUUCUGAUCCAGAGGUGCUGAAAGCUUCCACAGAACAUCCUUGCAGGGAUGACAGAUGAGCUCGGUUCUGGUUUGAGCUCGGCCCAUUUUCCCGUCGCUCUCCUGACCUUUCAGAGGAAAAUCAGCAGAUUUCUGUUUCAUCCUUCGUUUGACUCCCGUCUGCUGGGAAACCAACCUGGUUCUGUUCGGUUAGAGCUGGAAAACAUGCAGCAUUUGGGUUUUCUUUGGUGCUGGACAGUUUUGUUUCAUCCUGUAAGUAAAAACUAUAAACAAGAGUGAAAACUGAACACGAAGCUCGUAAAUCUGGAUUUUUACGUCAGAACCUUCCUGUUUGGCUUCAUUCUGUCGGGAAAAUUAGAUUUUCUAACGUAGACGUAACAAUGAAGCCAUUAUUCUGGUCCAGCUGUUCCUCCAUGUUCUGCUGCAGGCUGUCCAAUUAAAUUCAAAAUCAAGUGAAUAAGUGAUUAAAAACAUGGCACACCUCUUCCCCCAACCACUUCCUGUCGCCGUCUUCUUUGUGCUUUGGGUGAAAAAUUGUUUCCAUUGCAGUUUGCAAAAAAAAAAAAAAAAAACGAUUUUGAUAAGACCAAAAUGAAAUGCCUCAUCCUGGUGGCAAAACGUCUUAAUCAAAAAAAACAUUUUUUUUUUAAACUGUCUUGUUUCCAUUAAGCAAAUUUAUGUUCAAUUAUCAAACUGUGUAAUUAUAAAACGCAGCUACAGAGACAAUGAAAUCCAACCACUCUGCUGUAAUCCCGUCAUAAUCCCACCGUCAAUCUGACGAGGAAAAUCAGGAAGUGAAACAGUUUGAUUGUUUGGUUCUAAACUGGUUGUUUAUGCUGCUAACUGGGACCUGAACUGGCUCCCAGUCUGGGGAGUCGUUUCCACUGCGGCCAUUUUCUGCUCUGGGUUGUUUUUUCCCUUCAUCUCCGGCUUUGACAAGGAGACCAGUGUCUUGUCUCCACACACACACACACACACACACACGCUGGGUUGUUAUUUGAUUAUGUUGGACACUCUGCACCCGGCAGCCAUUGUCAGGACGAGGAGGAAGAGCGGCCCGUCUCUCCUCCUCUUCCCCACAGCCAGCUCAGGUGUGGCGCUGUGGUUCUGGACCCUCUCAUGUCAGCUGGAGCGCUAAUUCCCCCUCAUCCAAUCAAAACUCUCUAAUCUGGACCACAAACAGAGGCACAACGGCCACCGCCGCUCUGGUGAUUGGAUCCUCAUGUUUCCAGGUUAAACUUGACAUUUUGACCAGGAGGAGCAUCUCAGCACCCGGACCGGACCGGACCGGACCGGAGUCGGACCGGAGUCGGACCGGAGCCGGACCGGACCGGAGUCGGACCGGAGCCGGACCGGAGUCACCCUCCGGUUUGGAAACAACAGAGACAAUGUGAAAUGAAUCAGCUUUCCUGAUGGGAAUCAACAAGUUCUGGACUCUGAGAUCAUCAAACUGCAAAAACACACAUUACCACGUAUCUUCAUCUAGUUUCUACUGCAAAUAUCUUAGUACUCUCGACAAAAGACAAAACUAACUUACAAGUAAAUGUUCUACAACCAUGUAUUAGAAAAGAAAAGAGGAGUUAACAUCCACCAAAAUCUCAAAAGAUUUAUAGAAAAAACAGAAAAUGCUCACAGUUUGAAAAGUCAUAAAUUUGAUAAAUUCUAUUAAUCUACAUAUUUUUAAGAAAAAAACCUGGAAAGAU